AUGUUCAAACUUGCGAUCACAACCAAGGAACUUGGGACUGUGAUGAGGUCCCUGGGUCAGAAUCCCACGGAGGCGGAACUCCAGGACAUGAUUAACGAAGUGGACGCGGAUGGCAACGGCACGAUUGACUUCCCUGAGUUCCUAACGCUGAUGGCCCGUAAGAUGAAGGAUACAGAUUCGGAAGAGGAGUUGAUCGAGGCCUUUAAGGUCUUCGACAGAGACGGCAACGGCCUGAUUUCCGCAGCUGAGCUACGGCACGUGAUGACGAAUCUGGGAGAGAAGCUAACGGACGAGGAGGUCGACGAGAUGAUUAGAGAGGCAGACAUAGACGGAGACGGGCAGAUCAACUACGAGGAGUUCGUGGGCAUGAUGCUUGCCAAGUGA